GUCGUAAUGAUCAUCGCGACAUCUGCUUCAUUUUGGAACGCAGUUCAUAUCUAUUCAUUAAAAAAUGUGCGCAAACAUUUCACAAUUAACAAUAGAUACAAAAAUUAAUACAAGAAACAAUGAUGGUCCUGUUAAUUUGAACAAUAAAAGUUUAAUAGAAUUACAAGAUCUUUUAGAACGGCAAGAUGCCAUUUUAAAAAACAAAAAAUUUCUCAAAUUAUUGCCAGAUAAAGGCGAAAAAAUACUCACAUUUCGUACUAAAAUUGAGAAUGAAAUACAUCUUCGCAAUGAAAUUAUUCGAUCGAACGAGCUUAUGUCGGCCCUUAAUAUUUCAGCAGAUAAACAUGUCGUAGAAGAAUUAGAAUGGAAAAGAAAUUUUCAUAAUCAUUUAACUUCAAAUGAUGUAGAAAAUGAUGAAACAGAUGUAUUAAAAAUUUUGUCAGAGUCUGCAGGUCUGGGUAAUUGUAAGAAAGAAAAAAAUGAUACUUCAAUAAAGUUACGCGAAAACACUAGCUCUACAGAGACAUUAUCAGAGGAAGAGAGUUCAAAAUAUCCCGAAUGUACGAGAAAACUGAUAAAAAAAACAACAAAUGAAAACCAAAGUCCUUCAAAAAAAGAACCAUUCAAACCACAUAAAUCAAUUAAAAGUGGAAGUAAGAACAAAAAAAAUGAUCCAGGAAUUAAUCAAACAUCUAAUUCAAGUAUAGCCAUCAAAUUCUUAGACUUGAAUGAGUCUAUAAAAGUAGAAGAAGAAUAUAAUGAAAAAAUCCAGGAAAUUAAAAUAAAGCAUGCCAUCGAACGGCUUAGUGCAAGUAAUGCUGUACAUACACUAGAAGUAUUAACUGAUGCAAGAACUGAUGAUAAUGAUUUAUGUUCAUCAAAUCAAGAGGUUGAAUCAACAGAAAAUAUAUCUGAAGAUGAGCAAGAUUUUGAACACGAAAACGAUGAUGAUUAGAAAAUUUUUUAAUAUAAAUCUAAUGUAUAAAAAGAGAUAAUUGUUAAUAUAAGAUAUAUUUUAUUGUAUAAAAUAAAUCAUUU